UUAGUAACUAGAAUGUCUUUCAAAGAUAACGUAGUGAUUGUGACUGGCGCCAGCUCCGGCAUAGGUGCCGCAGCCGCUUUAAAGUUUGCAGAAGAAGGUGCGAACGUGGUUAUUGUCGCGAGAAAUAAGGAAAAACUGACUGCGGUUGCAGAAAAAUGUGCAGAAAACGGGACAAAACCGCUUGUUAUUGUAGCCGAUUUGGCUACGGAUACAUGUAUAAAGGAGAUUAUUGAUACUACUCUUACCCAAUUCGGAAAAUUGAAUGUUCUGGUGAACAAUGCUGGUAUAUGCGGCUUUGUGGACAUAGUGUCGGAUAAUAUUAUGAAAAAAUUCGACGAGAUCAUUGCCACCAAUUUGAGAGCCGCUGCCUACCUCACCAACCUCAGCAUGCCUCAUCUUAUAAAGUCGCGUGGAAAUGUUGUCAACAUAUCUGGCGUUGCGGCUCAUGCUGUCCUUUUUCCGGGAAACCUUGCCUACUGCACUUCAAAAGCAGCAUUGGAUCAUUUCACAAGAGGUGUCGCUUUAGAUGUAGCAUCUCAUGGUGUACGACUGAAUUCGAUUUGUCCUGGGCCUGUGAAAUCGGAUUAUAUGGACACAUUGAUUCCCGACAAAACCAAGCACAAAGAUUUUUGGGAUACGCUAUCAAAACGGACGGCCCUGGGAAAGUUAAUAGAGCCAAAAGAAGUAGCUGAUUUAAUACUAUACCUGGCGAGUGAUAAAGCAAGAAGUAUCACAGGUUCUUCAUUUGUAAUAGAUGGAGGGAUGCUUCUUAAGGGAUAAAAAUAAUACAUAGUAUUUAGAUAAACAGGUAGUCUGACUAAAUCAAGCGUACAUGUGAACUUAGGCUUUUGAUAAGAUCUGUGUGAAUUUGAAUUCUUAUCAAAAACCUAGUUAGGGUUACGUACCUCAAAGGAAAAACCUUAUAGGAUCACUUUGUUGUCUGUCUGUCUGUCUGUCCGCCUGUCUGUCUGUCUGUCGUGUCUGUCAAGAAAACUGUUGUGGUUAUAUCAUAA